AUGAUUGCCUCAACGAAGUCCGGAAUCAGUGGCUCGACGUCCUGCAUCACGUCUGCUCCCUCCCAGCCAAGCGUGACUGUUUGGGGAAACAAGCACACGAGCAACGCAGCGAGCAACGCCGAACACGAACCAAGCCAGCUUCAUACGCAUUUCCCAGGAACUUCCAUCUACGACCAGGACAGAGACCUCACCCACUUGGCUUGGUCCACACUGUGUCACGCACCAACUACCAACUACCUUCCACCCUCCCUUGCCCAGCCCACCGAGCCCACCUACUCAGCCCCUCUCGCCCUCCGCCUCGAAACCGUCAGCCUGCCCCUCCAGACCUCACACCCCUCCUCUCCCCUCCCCUCUAUGCCCCUCCCCGUUAAGCCCAUCCCAUGGAAUCGUCCAACCAAAGAGCAUUCUGCAAACGUCUUCAAAACGUUGGGCCUUGCGUGGCCACGAGCAACGCUCAUACCCGUUCAGCGAAGAAGAACGAGACUCUUCGUCGUUGUUCCAAUACCUUGGACGAAGGAUUCCCCAGUGAAGGAGGUUGAAUGUACGAUCCCGUAG